CCAUAGAGGGUUAAAUAACCGAGAAUUGUGGUUAGUUGGUUUGAUAUUUCCAACUGUCUUUUGAAAUGAUGUCUGUUACAUUUUCCAUUCUGCCCCCAAAUCACUUAGGUCCAAGUGAAAACAACUUUUGUAAAAUCCCAUAAGAUUAUUUAAUUCUCUUUGUGAGCUCACUAAUGCUGUAUUGCUUUGUUUUUUAAUAAAUCCCAUUGCAAGAUGACUUCUUGGUCAAUUUCCAGUUCCCUACAAUACUUGUUUAGUCUACAGUUUCUAAAUGACUAAUGGUUCAGCAAGGUCACUCCUUUAUUUUUGAAAUUGCCUCCUAGGGAACUCAGAAAGAAACUUACUUAAUCUUCAGUAAUUCAAAAGCCUGGAUUCUGCCCUAGAUUUAGCUUCUACCUAUGAAUAUGGCUAACAAGUCUGUUGUGACUGAAUUUGUUUUGCUGGGACUCUCUAACUCCUGGGAACUGCGGAUAUUUUUCUUUAUAGUGUUUUCCCUCUUUUAUGUGGCAACAAUGGUGAGUAAUGGCAUCAUACUUGUCGUUGUCAUAUCCGACUCUCACCUGCACUCUGCUAUGUAUUUCCUGCUUAGCAACCUUUCUAUUAUUGAUAUGUCUCUUGCUUCUUUUGCCACUCCCAAGAUGAUCAUAGACUAUCUCACUGACCAUAAAACAAUCUCUUUUGGUGGAUGCAUCUCCCAGAUAUUCUUCCUCCACUUGUUCACUGGCACUGAGAUAAUUUUACUAAUGGCUAUGUCUUUUGACAGGUACAUUGCAAUUUGUAAACCUCUGCGCUAUGCUUCCAUCAUUAGUACCCAGGUAUGUGUUGCAUUUGUGUUGUCUUCAUGGAUUGUGGGAGUCAUGCACUCAAUGAGCCAGGUCAUAUUUGCCCUGACAUUACCAUUCUGUGGUCCCAACCAGAUAGACAGCUUUUUCUGUGACCUUCCUGUGGUAUUCCAGUUGGCUUGUGUGGAUACUUAUGUUCUUGGUCUCUUUAUGAUUUCAACAAGUGGCAUUAUUGCAUUGUCUUGCUUUAUUCUCUUAUUUAAUUCAUAUGUUAUUGUGCUGGUUACAAUAAAGCAUCAUUCUUCCAGAGGAUCAUCGAAGGCCCUUUCCACCUGUACAGCCCAUUUCAUUGUUGUCUUCAUGUUCUUUGGACCAUGUAUCUUCAUCUAUAUGUGGCCACAAAACAGCUUUGUGAUAGAAAAGAUCCUGUCUGUUUUUUAUACCAUCUUCACUCCCAUUCUGAACCCAGUAAUAUAUACUUUGAGAAAUCAAGAAGUAAAUUCAGCAUGAGGAAACUAAGAAGUAAGUUUCUAAAUUUCAGUAUAGAAACUCCUUCCCAUUCUUUUUAGUUUCAGUUUCUUCAUUAUUAAGUGUAACAGAUUUUAUGAAACAACAAAAUUGUGUGAUGAUUGUAGAAAAAAUACAUCUGAAUCUUUAAAAGGAAGUUAAUGGAAAUAAUUAUUUCCAGAAAAAAAUUCCCCAAAAUAUCAGGAUUUUCUCUUUAGUUAGGAUGUUGAAUAAUCAAGUCAAUAGAAAAAAAGGACCAAGUAAUAAUUACAGCUUAAAGAGGAAUGAAGUGAUUAAAUAAUGACAGUUAUGAACGUGCAGAAACUCAUAUACCCCUACAACAUGACAAAGGAGCAAGAUUUCUGUGAUCCUUAGGAUUAUGCACUGUGGUAGAAAAUGAAUGUCUAUCUCCAAAUGACCAUUUUUCCACAUCCUUGAGCCAUUUCUACUUCACAUUUAAACCAAUUUGUACCUUCUGGAAUUAGAGAAUCCUGGUGUAUGCAAUUAUGAAAAUGUGGAUGGGGCGUAAAGAAACGAUGCGAAGUGAUUCUCCACCAGCCACACUAGUUAAGGAGCUUAUCAGUGUCUGACCCUUACACUCACCCUCCUCAUUAAUCAUCACAGUGGCACCACUUCCAUGCCUCCUUCUGCCAGUGGGGUUUAUGGGCCAGUGCAACAAUCCUGAAAUUCAGUGUCAGGAGGUGAGUUGCAAAGCUGAUGGUUUGUGUUUCAGCAGGUCCAUGGAAGUUGUCAUUAGAAUUAAGCUAAGAAAGACAGCUCAUGAUAACAAUCAAUCUCAUGAUAAGUGAAGCUUAAUUCUAAAUCAUUAUUUAUUUUUGUUUUUUAGACAGGAUCUUUCUAUGAAUCUCUUACUGUCCUGGGGCUGUAGACCAAGCUGGCCUCAAACUUACAAAGAUCCACCUACCUCUGCCUCCCAAGUGCUGGGAUUAAAGGUGUG